CAAUGGAUUGCUGCCGAAACGCGCAUCGUCUCCUUUUUGCGUGCACGCUUGGGCUCCCCCGCGCCAUCUCGAACUUCUCCUCGAAACCGAUCUUGCCCACGAUGAUUUCUGGCUAGAGCGAGCGCCUUGUGUAUUUUCCUAAGCCUCGCGAUCCAACGGCUGUCCCUCCGGCGGCUGGUGGCUUGAGGACACCCCGUCCCAACUGGCCUCGCCUCGUGGCCCCUGUAUCGGCCUUUACACACGUCGAGGCUGCCUCUGCCACGGCUUUCUCUGGACGAUCCCGGGCUGCCGUCGAUCGACUUUCUCACUAGCACUUACCCUAUCACUCUUUUCCCCCCGAACACCCCCGGUCCGCCACCGUCCGACCCCCAUCGUGCACUCGACUGGUCGACCCUACACGCCCGGACCGACGGAACCUUGGGAACCCAUGACGCCGCCGAGUCCAGCUCCAGCUCCAGCUUUACGCUUGCUUCCAUACCAUAAUGCCGUCCCACGCAAAUCAUAGGUACGAUGCCGUGCCGCCCAUACCGAGCUACGACGAGGCAAUAGCUGCCGAUCCCGCCGCCUCGCCGUCCGAGUUCGAGUCCCGAUCCCUCCUGCACAGGCACCAGCGCAGCAGCUCGACGGCAACCGACCCCGAUGCCGGCGCCUCCUCCCCGGUGCGCUCGCGCCGCCACAACAACACCAACUACCGCGCCCCAACUGUAGAAACAGACGACGAGGACAGCCUAUGGAGCUCCGACUCGAACGCCGAGGCCGCGCACGUGCGGCGGGAGAUGCAGGAGCUGGAGAUGGGCGACGACGACGACGCUCUGCGCCGGGGCCGCCCGUCCAUCUUCGGCAAGCGCAUCGGCUUCUCGCUGCCGCAAUGGCGGUGGAAGUGGUCUUGGCAGAUGCCCCGGAUGCGCAUACGGCUGCCCAACGCCACGGAAUCGAGCUCCGCGGCCAGUCCCAGCUCGUCCGGUGAAGGCGGCGGCGCGUCGCCGACGACCGGCGACGAGGCCGCCCAGCAGCCCGAGCGGUCGCGCUGGUGGUCCCGCCUGCCCGCCUUCGACGCCACGGCCGCGUGCAUCCUGUUCGGUCGCCUGAUGGCCAUAUUCCUCGUCGUGGGGUUCCUAUGGUUCAUCUUCAUGAGCGACACCAUGAGGGGCAUGCGGCGCGAGCCCUUCGACCCGGAGCACGUCCGCCUGCAUCUCCAAAGCAACGUCGACCCGCGGAUUAUCCGCGAGCACCUGAAGCACUUUACGAGUUAUGCGCACCUCGCCGGCAGCGAGGGCGACUUUGCGAUCGCGACCGACGUCAAGAAGAUGUUCGAGAAGUACGGCCUCGAGGACGUGGCCGUGGACGACUACAACGCCUACAUCAACUACCCCAAGGAGGGCGGCCGGGCGGUCGAGGUCGUCAGCGGCGACGGCAAGGUGGAGUGGGCGGCAAAGAUAGAGGAGGAGGAGACGGGCCGAGAGACGGCAGGCCGACAGACGUAUGCGUUCCAUGCGCACUCCAAGGCGGGAGAUGUCAAGGGCCCCCUAAUAUACGCCAACUACGGCACCAGGGAGGACUUCAAGAGGCUGUACGACAGCGGAAUCGAUGCCAAGGGAGCCAUCGCCCUGGUGAGGCAAUACGGACCUCAGGAGGACGUGGGCCUCAAGGUCAAGGCGGCAGAGCUGGCAGGUUUCGUCGGAUGCAUAGUCUACAGCGAUCCCGCCGACGAUGGCUUCCGCUUGGGGAAGCCCAUGCCCGAAGGCAGGUACAUGCCGGAAGACGGCGUCCAGCGCGGCUCCGUCUCGCUCUCCAGCUGGCUCAUCGGCGACCCCCUGACGCCCGGCUGGGAGAGCACCAAGAACAGGCCGACCCGCCUGCAGCCCCACCAAUCUCACGGCCUGGUCAAGAUCCCCAGCAUACCGCUGGCGUGGCGCGAUGCCAAGGAGCUUCUGCGGAGGCUCAAGGGCCACGGCCAGAAGGCUCCUGAGGAAUGGGUCGGCGGGGUUCCUGACGUGGACGAGUGGUGGAUCGGAGACAAAUCCUCGCCCCUCGUGCACCUCAAGAACGAGCAGGACGAAGUGGUCAAGAAGGAGAUGUGGAACGUGUACGGACGCAUCAUAGGAUACGAGCAGAAGACCAAGUCGAUCGUGAUCGGUAACCGGCGCGACUCCUUGGCAUUCGGCGCCGCCAGCCCGCACUCGGGGACGGCCAUCAUGAUGGAGAUGGCCCGCCUUUUCGGGAAAUUGCGGGCGAUGGGCUGGAUCCCAUCACGCACCAUCGAGUUCAUGAGCUGGGACGGCGGCGCCUACAACUCGCUGGGCUCCAGCGAGUUCGUCGAGAAGAACAUCGAGGCAGUGCGCGACAACGCCAUGGCCUACAUCAACCUCGACGAGGCCAUAACGGGCGACACGUUCCGGGCCGCGGGCUCGCCCGUGUUCCGGCGGCUGCUCCUGCAGGUCAUGCACCGCGUCGGCGACGGCAACCAGAACGCGACGCUGCGCGAGCUCUGGGACCGCCGCGGCGACAAGCUCGAGGGCCUCGGGUCCGCGUCCGACUACAACGCCUUCCAGCACAUGGCGGGCACGUCGUCGCUCGACAUCGGCUUCGGCGGCUCCUCGCGCGAGGCCGGCCGGCGCCCGCGCGAGUCGAGCUACGACAGCUUCGACUGGAUGGACCGCUUCGGCGACCCGGGCUUCGGCUACCACCAGCUCCUGGGCCAGGUCGUGGCGCUGCUCCUGGUGGAGCUGGCCGACCGGCCCAUCCUGCCCUUCGACAUGGAGGCGUUUGCGACCUCGCUCACGGCUUGGGCCGACGAAUUCAUCGCUUGGGCCGAGGGCAAGGGCGCGGGCCAGCCCCACGACGGGCACGCGCCGCUCGACCCGCUGCGCAUCCGCGAGGCCGCCAACGUGGUCGCCGAGGGCGCCCGCAAGUUCGCGCAGUGGGAGAUGGCCUGGGAGAACACGGUGCUCGCGUCGGGCUCGUACGAGACCCUCAUGCUCGGCCGCCAGCGGACAGAGUACAACUCGCGCCUGGCAAUGCUCGACACGAACCUGCUGGACAUGGAUGAUACAGGAGGGGUCCCAAAUCGCACUCAGUUCAAACACGUCGUCUACGGACCCAAACUAUGGGCCAGCCACGAGCCUGGGUAUUUCCCCGCAGUCCGCGACGCCAUCGAGAUUGGCGACUGGCCCCUGGCGAACCAGAUGAUGGACAAGGCCGUAAAAAUCAUGAAAAAGGCCGCCGGGAGUCUAAUGACGCGGUGACGUAACUAGCAUGUUCUGUGUUUCCUUUUCUUGGCCGGUACGACGUUUGCCCGUUUCUUGUCUUUUCUUUUUGCAUGUACAGUUACAAUUGCAUCAAGCUUCCUUUGUUUUGUUCCCUUGAAGCAUAUAUCAAUAUACGGCCGCCCGUCUGGUCCUGUCUUUUUUUUUCUAUGUCGAGACGCUUUUUUUUACAUUGGGUUGAACACACUGUCGUCGCGAGUUGGUUCUCGGUGUAUUCUGGGAGAUCAGAGACAGGGACGGAGGAGGCUUUGCGAUACUUCACUAUGCUUUUUAUCCCCUGCGGCAUAGGGCAUGGCGUUGUCUGCUGUUUUAUAGCUUCAUACGGUGGACGUUGAGAAUAAACACAUUUGAGAGGUCAGCGAAGCCUCUCGUGGGUGUGACUCGUCUUUCUCGACUAAACACAGUCUCUUGACAUUUGUGUCACAAGCCAACGU